AUGAAGCCCCCCUCGGGGCCGGAGGAGGCCCGGCGGCAGGCCUCGGACAUCAGCGUGUUCGCCAGCAGCUGCACGCUACACGGGCUGAGCCACGUCUUCGGUCACGGUCGCCUGACGCCGCGCCGGGGGCUGUGGGCCGUGGCCGUGCUCCUGUCCGUGGCCGCCUUCCUCUACCAGGUGGCGGAGCGGGUGCGCUACUACGGGGAGUUCCAUCACGAGACGGCCCUGGACGAGCGCGAGAGCCACCAGCUCACCUUCCCGGCCGUCACCCUGUGCAACAUCAACCCGCUGCGCCGCUCCCGCCUCACGCCCAACGACCUGCACUGGGCCGGGCCCUCGCUGCUGGGCCUGGAGCCCCCCGAGCACGCCGCCUUCCUGCGCGCCCUGGGCCGGCCCCCCGCGCCGCCUGGCUUCAUGCCCAGCCCCACCUUCGACAUGGCCCGGCUCUACACGCGGGCUGGGCACUCCCUGGAGGACAUGCUGCUGGACUGUCGCUACCGCGGCCGCCCCUGCGGGCCCGAGAACUUCACUGUGAUCUUCACCAGGAUGGGUCAGUGCUACACCUUCAACUCCGGCGCAGACGGGGCAGAGCUGCUCACCACUCCCAAGGGCGGAGCGGGCAACGGGCUGGAGGUCAUGCUGGACGUGCAGCAGGACGAGUACCUGCCUGUAUGGAAGGACACGGAGGAGACCCCAUUCGAGGUGGGGAUCCGAGUGCAGAUCCACACGCAGGAGGAGCCACCCAGCAUCGACCAGCUGGGCUUUGGGGCAGCCCCUGGCUACCAGGUCUUUGUGUCUUGCCAGCAGCAGCAACUGAGCUUCCUGCCGCCACCCUGGGGCGACUGCAGCUCCGCAUCCCUGGACCCCGACUUUGAACCAGAACCCACUGGUCCUCUGGGUCCCCCCAGCCCCAGCCCCGGCCCCAGCCCUCCCUAUAGCCUGAUGGGGUGUCGCCUGGCCUGUGAGACCCGCUACGUGGCUCGGAAGUGCGGCUGCCGGAUGAUGCACAUGCCUGGCAGCGCUCCGGUGUGCAGCCCCCAGCAGUACAAGGACUGCGCCGACCCGACGCUGGACGCCAUGCUGCGGAAGGACACGUGCGUGUGCCCCAACCCCUGCGCCAUCACGCGCUACGCCAAGGAGCUCUCGAUGGUGCGGAUGCCCAGCCGCGCGGCCGCCCGCUACCUGGCCCGGAAGUACAACCGCAGCGAGGCCUACAUCGCGGAGAACGUCCUAGUGUUGGACAUUUUCUUUGAGGCCCUCAACUACGAGACCGUGGAGCAGAAGAAGGCCUAUGAGGUGUCAGAGCUGCUAGGCGACAUUGGGGGCCAGAUGGGGCUGUUCAUCGGGGCCAGCCUGCUCACCAUCCUUGAGAUCCUGGACUACCUCUGCGAGGUGUUCCUAGACAGGGUCCUGGGAUACUUCUGGAACCGGAAGCGCUCCCAGAGGCCCUCCAGCACCCACCUGCUUCAGGAAGGGCUGGGCAGCCAUGGAAACCAAGUGCCCAAUCUCAGUUUAGGCUCCAGGCCUGCCACCCCGCCCUGUGCCGUCACCAGGACCCUCUCUGCCUCCCACCGCACCUGCUACCUCGUCACACGGCUCUAG